ACACUUUACACAAAACUGUAAUGAUACAGUUAAUGCAGAUGGUUUGUUCUACUAUCGCGAGAUCUUACUUAUUCUCGCGCCAACAACCGCACUUUACCAUAGCAUCUGGAUCGACAGUAUGUUAAGUAAUCUAUGAACCUCGUGUAAUGCUGUCAUAUGUGAAGGGUGAACUCUUUCUGAGGCUGAGAUGUGGCUGUUGUUAGUCAUCUAAAGUCCACAGAGCCCGUGUUAUCAUGCCUAGUGGGGUUUCAUCAUCUCGCUUCCUGAUACUGUACGGGUCGCAAAAAGGUCAAGCUCAGUCUAUAGCCGAGCAGCUCACCGAUCAGGCCGCCGAGCAUGGCUUUGAAGCAGAGAUCAGUUGCCUGAGCAAGGGGGACAAGUACAACUUGGAAAAAGAGCACAGCCCUGUGGUUUUUGUCGUUUCCACAACGGGAGAUGGUGAACCUCCAGACACGGCACUGAAAUUUGUGAGGAAGAUCAAGAAGAAAUCUCUGCCCCGUGAUCACUUCUCUCAUCUGCACUAUACACUGUUAGCUUUGGGGGACACCAAUUAUACAAAUUUCUGCAACUGUGGAAAAACCAUUGACAGCCGUCUCCAGGAACUUGGGGCAAAUCAUUUCUAUGCAACUGGCCUUGCUGAUGAUGGUACAGGGCUGGAAGUAGUGGUGGAUCCGUGGAUUGAUGGACUUUGGGAAGCUCUAAAGAAGAUAUUUGUCAAAAUGUCUGCCUCUGAUCUCAUUAGUGACACUUCUCUGAGCAAUGGUCAUCAAUCAGUGGCCGUCCAGGAGAAACUCGAGUCGUCUGCACAAAGCCUUCAGCUGCUGGAUAUUAGCGAUGUGGAUACAGGAAAAUCCAAACCGGAAUCUGAAACUGAGAGCCGAGAUGCAGAAGCUCCUUUGGACGCGUCUUUGAAUCGAUCCGUAGCUCCGCUUUCUCAGUCUUCACUCAGCAUCCCUGCACUUCCCCCAUCUUACCUAGAGGUUUUUUUGGGAGAUGUGCCUACUGGAGAGGAGGAAAUUCACGUUGUUGCACAAGGCUUUCACGAAGUGCCAAUUUCAAGAGCACUCUGGUUAACUCGAGAUGAUGCGGUGAAACCUGUCAUCUUGCUGGAGCUCGAUAUGAAGGAUGAGAAUAUUUCUUACGAGCCGGGCGAUGCGUUUGACCUCCUCUGUCCAAACAGAGACACCGAGGUGGAGGAUUUGCUUCACAGACUGGGGCUCUAUGACAAAAAGAAUCAUUUUGUUCACCUGCAGCUGCUCAAAAACACCAAAAAGAAGGGAGCACGAGUUCCUCCCUACAUCCCAGAAAAGUGUACUCUACAGUAUCUUCUGACCUGGUGCUUAGAGAUAAGGAGUAUACCCAAAAAGGCUUUUUUGCGAUCUCUGGCAGACUGCACGCAGGAAACUCGGGAGAAGAGACGACUGCAGGAGUUAUGUAGCCGUGAGGGAGCCGCAGAUUAUGACAGAUUUGUGAGAAACGCCAGCGUGUGUAUACUGGACCUUCUGUGUGCUUUUCCAUCCUGCACGCCUCCUCUCAGCCUCCUUAUUGAACAUUUACCGAAGCUGCAGCCAAGAGCAUACUCAGCCGCGAGCUCGAGUCUACGCCACCCUGGAAAGUUCCAUAUUGUGUUCAGCGUUGUGGGGUUUCCGGCAUGUGCUGAGCAUCCAGAGAGGACUGGAUUGUGUACAGGAUGGCUAGCGGAUCGCGUGUCUACCAUCAUUGAGCCAUAUGGGACAAAACAGGCUUCACGAGAGAGUGUAAAUGAUAAAGCCUUGCCCAAGGUCCACAUUUGUCCUCGUCUCAAUAACAGCUUCCACUUGCCCUCUGACCCCACAGUUCCCAUGGUGAUGGUAGGACCAGGGUCAGGUGUUGCACCCUUCAUAGGCUUCCUUCAGCAAAGGCAAAAGGAGCGAGCGAGAAAUCAGGACAGUGCUUUUGGUGAGACUUGGCUCUUCUUCGGCUGCAGACAUCAAGACAGAGACUUCAUCUUCAGAGAGGAGUUGGAGAGGUUCGUGGAGAACGGGACACUGAGCCAUUUGAAAGUGUGUUUCUCUCGAGCUGAGAUGGACAGAAAUGGUUCCGAACCCAAACCCAAAUAUGUCCAGCAUGCCCUACUCCUUCAUGCCGAGCACGUCGCGCGCAUUCUGCUUAAAGAAAACGGUCGUCUCUACGUUUGUGGAGAUGCUAAGAACAUGGCAAAAGAUGUGAAUGAUACUCUGAUGGAGAUCAUAGGGAAGGAGCUUCAGGUGGAUAAGCUGGAUUCUAUGAAGACCAUAGCGAAACUGCGAGAGGAGAAACGAUACCUGCAGGAUAUCUGGAGCUAAAGAAAGAAAUUCACAAGCUAUGGGGGUUAUAUUAAUUAUAUAUACUUAAAUAAUUAUAUAAGGAUUUUAACUGCACUAUCCCAUCAACCACAACAGACCAGACAUGUGCCAAUACUGAAUUUUGUUACCACGGCAACUAUCUAACACACUGGGGUAGUUUAAGAUGUUGUCAUUUUGAUAUUGUGUUUUAAAAAUAGUAUUAAAAAAGACACAUCCGAUGCUGACUUCAUCUCAGGUGCACAGAAUGCUGUUUAAAAAAUGCUGCCUAUUUAGGCAGCCUCUAUCCAAGUGGACACUGAUGCUUUGAAACGUCCACAGUAAUAUUGUAUGAUUUUAAAUAUCUAAUUAUACUGUAUACCAGACAGAUCAGUCUUUGCCUUUUAUGCAUUUUAAUGACUGACAGGGGCGUGUUCAGAUAUGGAAUUUAUAGGUCAUACAAUAUAGCAUAUAUGGAUGUAAUGAAUCAGAUAUUCACAGAUUUGUUUCAGAUGUGUAGAACAAACUUUAACAGCACAGACUGCGUGAACACCAUCGGUUCCCACCUGUUUUUUUUUUUAAUCUAAAAUUUGUUUUAGACAAAUGCAUAGUUCAGAUUCAGCUGUGGUUUCUUUUGCCACAUAGUCUAUUUUAAAAUGCCUCGCAAUGCUGCAGUGACCUUUUUAUCCAUUACAAGUUUCACUUUCUCACUUCUGAUUAAAUAAAUACUUUAUACGA